AUAUGCGUCCGCUAAUAAUGCCGCCGUACUUUAAAUGCUGAGAUACUCUCACUGUCAACGUUAAAUGCUGAACCUUAGUCUUAGAACAUUACAAUAUAUGGACAGCGGAAAAAGUGAUAAAUCAAACAACAACAUCAGCAAAUAAGAGUUUUGAGAAACAUGUACAAGUACUGACAUCUAUGUGCUGGAAGGGUACAUGCUACAGAGAAAUUAAAAGAAUGUGCAACUGAAAGAUACAGGAAAGAAAUUCUUGCAGUGUUUGAUGUAAGCACGUUUGAUGAUCAAGUUGAAAUCCAUCCCAAACAUCUAUGCCGAAAAUGUCUAAGAAAAGAUCAGCACCAGUCAUCUGGAAAAAGAAACUACGACUCACAGCAUUUUACAGCAAUUCAGUGGACUGAACAUCAGAGAAACAAUUGCCGCAUCUGUAAUCACAACUAAAGACUAAUUCCAAAGAAAAAAAAGGAAGUACACAUGUAUACGAUCACUUACACAAGACAAAAUCUCAAGAGUAUACUAAACAAGCUGGCAACUUGUUUGAACAUUUUUACAUAAAGCUAAAGGAAGUAUUGUCAUUCCUAAUUCUGAGCUAUUAUCAACUAUUCAUGGACAUGACUGUAAUAUAUUCACCUGUGCAAUAUGUCAGUGUAUUUUGGGAUGUGGUACAAGCGUACAAACAAGCUGUGAACAUAACUUUUGCAGUGAGUGCCUCGGUAAAUACUUCAUAAAAAACAAAUGUAAAGUUUCACACCAUGUCCAAUUUGUAGCAGGAACAUUUCCCUAGAUGAUGUAGUCCACGUUUUCAACUUUAUGUGAACUUGAGGUUUACUGUGUUUGUGGUAAAACUGGCCUCCUGCAAACAUUCUCAGAACAUACAUGCAAACUACAAGAAAUUAAGGCCAGUAGAACGUCAAAAAGGAGCUCUUCAAGAAGCUGGAGUCGCAACUGAAGCAGCAAUACGACAUAGUGUAGAUAUUCAAAGAUCAGUGGAAAGGGCCUCCAGUUUCGUCGUUUGGAAGAAGCUCCAGGAAGAUGGUCACGCCGUAAUUCAGACACCUGGAAGAAUACAACAAUGGGAAAUUCUCUUCUGAACGGGAACUACAAGCUCUUAAUUCUCAAUUUACAUUGACGAGGAGGAAACUUUUCACAUCGACUCCAAGAAAACAGUCACUAGAACAGCCAAACACCCAUAUGUAUACAUUUCAAAUUUGCAAGAAACUCAUGGAUUUCUUGGAAAACAAUGAAAAGAGUAGAUUUGUCACAAAUCACGAUGGGGCGAUCCCUGAAGAUAAAGUGUGGAUCAAGUUUUUUGGGGGACCAUGGUGGGGGGUCCUUCAAGCUGGCAGUAGAGGUCUGCAACGUUGAAAAUCCAAAUGCCUCUCACAACACCUUGAUUGUCGAUUACUAUGAAGGUCCGGAUUCCACGUCAUCCCUUCAGAUAAUGAUUCAUCCCCUAGGGAGGCAACUGAAACAAAUGAAGAAGAGUAAAUGGAGAGAAAAAAAGAUACACAUCCGAUGUUUCGUAGACUACAAAUUCUUGGUGAAGACGUAUGGGAUAUUCAGCUGCAAUGCUAGGUACUGCUGUAUAUACUGUCUUCUUACCAGAGAUGGGAUGCAAAGGAGCAAAGAAGAACGGGUGCCCUCUGUCAAAUGCAGCCUAAAAAAGAUCAAAUCAGACUUCAGGAAAUUUCGCAAAAGUGGCUCAAAUAAACUAAUCUCCAAGGAGGUCCCCAUAGCAUUAUCCGGAAAGCUAUGAUACCAAUUGAGAUUGAUGAUGUCGUUAUCCCAACCCUCCAUGUAUCUUUGGGUAUAUUUAAGAAGAUUUAUGACUUGUUUGAGCGGGAUUGCCUGGCAAUUGAACAAAAGAUCACACACCUUCAAGAGCUGCCAGAAGUAGAGUGCCUCCAUCCACAGUUGGGCCCGCUUGUUCAAGGGCUAGAGAAUAUCUUGCAGGUAUUCCAUGUCUACAGGCAGCCGUACAAUGGAGGAGCUUUUGUGGGAAAUCAUGUGAACGUAUGCUGCAAGCCUGAAGUCAUUGAGACGUUCACAAAGAGUCCAAAUGAGAUGGACAUCCCGGAUGACAUCUUUAGGCAAGCAGCAACCAUGGGAGAGAAGUACAAAAAGCUCUUCUUUGGCUUUGCAGAUUGCCACUCCGCAAUCAGUACCAAGAAGAAGAUGUCUGCAGAAGAGAUUAAACAAACAGGAUGUCGUGACCAUGAAGCCAACCCACUUCCAGCCCCGCUACGUCCUCCUCCAUCCGCUGGAUCAGACCAAGCAUGAACAACGUCUGCAGGCUGUCAGAAACCUCUCCGCCUCUCAGGUCCAGUUUGCAAUGGAUAGGACCAACCUCUACCAGCACAUGCAUCAGAAUAAACCAGGUUUCCUCUGACAGGAGCUUUGACAAUGCUGACCCUGAGAUGGCCUUCAAGCUGGUCCACAACCUGGCCCAGUCUUACCUUGGUCUGGCUGUUCCAGAAAGCCUUGAACCUUCCAGUCAGGAACACGACCCAUCCUCCAUCUGCUUCCAGUCUUUUCCAAGUUCUGCUAUGAGAUCUGAGACCCGUUCCCCAUCAUCCUCUCAGUCCACAGGUCGACAGGGUCCGCCAGGGAUCGUUGAGAACCCUCCAUCUCCUACCAACACGAGGACAUGGAUGAAACCUGUCGUUGAUCCUCCCUAGACACCCCUAAGCCUGGAGUCAACGAUAAGUGAUAUAACCACAUCUCAAGCAUGGAAUGGGCCAACCCUCUACAUGUAGCAUCAGGGAGAACAUAGCCUAUGGGGCCGUCGAUCCAGAUGAUGUUUCUAUGAUAGACAUGAUAGAGGAAGCCACCAAGACAGCCAGCGCUUACUACUUCAUCAAAUCAUUCCUUAAUCAGUAUGAAACAGUCGUAGGAAAGAGGGACCUCAUGCUUUCAGGUGGUCAAAGAAUGAAGCAGUACUGAAGAAUCCUAAGAUAUAAUACUUUUAGAUGAAGCUACAAGUGCCUUAGAUGCUGAGAGUGAGUACUAGGUCCAUGACGCCCGUGAGAGGUUGAUGGUUGGAAGGACAGUCAUCACCAUAGCCAUCACCAUCUUGUCAACAUCAAGAACGCAGACGUGAUAGCCAUCCUGGAUUCUGGUGGGCUCGCAGAGAUGGGUACCAACGAAAUCAAGGUACGAAUGGAUAGUGGUUUUUCUGUUUCAGUCAUGGAAAAGGAAAAACGGAAUUUAGCUCUGGUUCUGUUUUUAACAAUGCAAAAAGCAAAUCACAACAAGCUUUCCACUCUGUGAUUUGUUUUCGCACAAUCGCGCCGCAAGCAAUCGAAAUUGACGUCGACUCCCUGAUUUGCUUUUCGUUCAUCAAUAUUGAAGAGCGCCAUCUACGUCAACAAAAUGUUGAAAGCGCCAUAUUUCGUAAUUAUCUUCAUAGAAUUCAAAGUAAACCCACCAUUAUAGCAUAUAUACACUGGCAGACCAUGGGUGUUGAUCGGUAUUCAUGGUUGGGGGCUGUUUUGUUCUCUUGUGAGGGAUUGAAAUGUCUGGUUCAAAUGUAAUAAACUAUAACUUAAUCUUGAAAAAACAAAGUAUGUCAUCUUCCAUUCCAAAAAAAAGAGAUUGUAUUGACUUUUUAGGUGUCACUAUCCAUGAAAACUUAAAAUGGAAAAAACACAUUGAUCAUGUUUUUAACAAAGUUCUAAAAUGUGUUGGAGUCCUAUAUCACAGCCCUUUCAGUAAGCUCUCAGGGAGCAAGGCAAUUUUUUUGUGGGCACUCUAAAAAUUGCCUUUGAAUAAAUAAAAAAUGAAGGGCAUCAAGGCAAUUUUGCAUAUUCUUUAGGGCACCAAGGCAGUUAUGAAAAUUCAUAAAGGGCAUCAAGGUAAUUUACCGACUACACCGACGUGACUUUUUAUGCUCAAAAGAACAUAAAGUAUUUUGUUUUAUAAAUGAUAACAAAGGUACAUAAAAAAGAUAAUGUAUCAUUAACCUGUCAGCAUGAUUAAAGAAGGGAAAACAAGACAAAUUUUUCAAACAUGGAUCAGGGUAGGAAUUAAUUAUUUUUUUUAGGGGCUACUUUUUUUUUACAUUGGGGCUACCACUGAAUAUCUUGGGGCUACUUUUUUUUAUCGCAUAUCAGCAAUUACCUUUUGACAUUCCGAGACUCACUGUGACGCUUAAAAGAAAUCCCCCAAGAGUCGCCUUCAGCUUCACACACUUCAGAUUCAAGCCAAUCAAGGCCCCAAGACUUUAUUGUUGAUUGUCUCUGUACAGUCUGUUUCUUUUUCUGUUUCUUUUUUGGCUUAUCCUUCUCAACAGUAUCUCGAUUUGGAGAGGCUUCUGGCGCUGGCUCUGGCCGUUUGGCAGAGCCAGGUUGAACUCGAAUUAGAAACUUAUCCAUCUCGUACUCCGACUCGACGAUGUCGAUUCAGAUUCAAGCCAAUCAAGGCCCCAAGACUUUAUUGUCGAUUGUCUCUGUACAGUCUGUUUCUUUUUCUGUUUCUUUUUUGGCUUAUCCUUCUCAACAGUAUCUCGAUUUGGAGAGGCUGCUGGCGCUGGCUCUGGCCGUUUGGCAGAGCCAGGUUGAACUUGAAUUUGAAACUUAUCCAUCUCGCACUCCGACUUGACGAUGUCUAUAAUCAGCGCUGUCACAAUCACCAGCUGAUCGCAUACAAUUCUGUGCAUGCCUAGUACACAUAAUAUACCGUACGAUGCAUGUGGUCUCGUUACCAGCUGUGCAGUCUAAUCGUGCACGCGUACAUGUACAUAAGCCAUGCGGCAAGUGCGUCAACAGUUCUAAAAACCCCGUGCUAUAAAAGACUAUGCGUACUCCGCAUCCCAUUUUGCAUUUUUUGUACAUGAAAUGUCACAUUAUGAAAAAGAAAUUACAUUCAUAUUUACAAAAAAAAGUAUAAAAGUUAGAAAUAUCGUACCUUAGACCGCAGUUACCGCUAAUUCCUUUCAAAUGAUGAUCGAAACAUCGUCAUCUUCGAUCCUUUCCGUGGUCAACGUAAGUUGCCAUCUUGGAUGACGUCAUCAUCCAUACAGACGUAUUUACCAGUCGCUAUAUAUCGCGAUUUGUGCCGCUGCUUUGCGUUUGUAGAUGUGCGUGCGUUCGGAACUUGUCGCUCGCAUUGAUUCGCCAGGAUAUCAAAAAUUAAUCGGAAAGCCUUGAUAAAAGCACAACUCAUUGAACGUAGAGGGCAGCAACACACGGCUGACAUUUUUUCAUCUCCGGCAUGUAUUACCUAUUACGCACUGCUGAACGCUAAACUGCAGAGUGCAUACUGUACAUGCGCUGUGUGAAUCGCAGUACGUAGCAUAGUAUGAAAAAAAUACGCCGGUAAUAUGAUGACGCCCUCUUUCGGUUAAGUUUACAAUAUUUUUUUUUCUCACAUGAAAUUUCAAAAAUCGGGACGUCCCGAUUUUUUGAGAUUUUGAAAGUUGUAAAUCGGGACAAUCCCGAUAAAAUCGGGACAGUUGGCAGGUUUGAAGUUAGCAUGAAUCAAAAUAAUGUAUACUAAACCAGACUUGGUGUCAAAGCUCGUAUGGAAUUUCCAUUCUCGUAUAAUGUUAAUGACAUUCUGAUAAAUGUUAGCAGGAGGCGAAAGUGAAAAUAUGGUUAAUUCAUCCUUUUAUGAAUGCAUAUUGAUUCAAUAUUAUUCCAUUAUAAGUAUAAUUCAAAAUAAGAGUAGAUAUCACCUUAAAAUGAUGACAGGGUAGCUGUUUUUUCAAAGGAUCUCAUGUUGAUGUCCCUUUAUCCUUCUUCUGUAUGACUUUGAUUUUUUGUAGAUUAAAAAUAGUUGACAGGUUUUUCUCCAUUCCAUGUAGGUAACCUUGUAGGUAAUCUCAAAAUACGUAUUUCUCGUUAACAUUGACAUUUUUUAUUUCCUCUUGAAGAUUGAUAAUAUCACAUGUAAUAAUCAUGAUGUAACGAAUGACUAAGUAUUACUCUUCGUAGGGUUUCCACGUUGCUGUACCUUUCUCUUUCCACUAGAGGACGAUUUUGACUCCUAGUAGUUUAAUUCUAGUUGACAGGUUUUUCACCUUACGUAGCUUGUAGGCAACCUCGGCGAGGUGACCGCGUCGAGCCUUCAAGGUCGGUGGGAGUUCGGUCCUAACUGUUAUGCGAGGGGGGCGUGGCAGCAUAGCUGAGGCUGAUCCUUGCGGCUGCGGGGGCGGGCUGCGGAGUAGGUCGCUUCAGGUUCUCAAAGGUGGAGAGGAUCAGGUCCGGGUCGGGCAUCCGUACAAACUUUGCGAUGUUCGGGGCGGGGGCUGGUUGGCCUGAUGGACGGGUACCUGGGGUUCCAAUCGGGUUGAUUCGGGGUAGUCUGUUGGCGUUUACAAGUUGUAUCUCCUUGGCCUUUUCCUUGUCGAUGCCAAGAAAAGUAAAAACCUUCAGUAGAGUGUUAUAGAUGUUUUCCUGGUCUACUUCUUCAACACCAUAAAACAGUAAAAUUGAUUUUCGGUUGUAGAUCUCGGCCAGCAACAGCUUUUCCUACAAACUCGAAAUUUCUUCUAGUAGAGGGGUGAUUUUGGUAGGAAUAGCAUUCUUGACCUCAAUGAUUUUAGCAGAGUUCAAUUCCACGGUAGCUUCUACAUCAUUCAAACGACGAUUCAUAGAUUGAAUCUCUCUAGUAAUGCUGUCAAGCUUUUCUAAAUUCUUGUUCGAGAAAUUUGAAAUAUCCCGUUGAAGAUCGGCAUUCGAUCGGCAUUAUUGCCAAAUCUACAAAAGUUAUUAAAUAUAGUAUGUGACAUCUUUAACUAUCUUCCUUGCAUGUUACCCAUGUGGAAAACGAAAUUGUAAUAUAUUGGCAAGACAAGUUAAAAAUGAGAAUUGUGUCAUAGAUAGUAAUAUAUACAUUUUCAAUGGCAAGACUUAAUUAAUGAACUAUUGCUCCUUGGCCUUGGAUUUCAUUAAAUUCAGAAUUUGGAUUAGUGUGCUAUUAAUAUUUUCGAGUAAGUACAUGUACGUCUGCCUAUCUGUAGACUGAAUGUAGGAAACCUGAGAAGCUGGUGUCUGUAUGAAGGGAGUCUGCAAAGGAGGUGCGGGGACCAUGUGAGAAGAUGUGGAUUGUUGCACUUCUGGAAUGCUAAUGCAGAACCAAGAAGUAAAAUAAAAUAAUAAAAAAUCUUUUGUAAUCC